CAAUAAGGGAUCAGAUUAAGCCGUGCUUUGACGAUGUCAGGAGGGAAUCUUUCUCGAUGAAGCAAUACUUAAGGAAGAAAUCGUUGCAAGAGUUUGGACUGCUACGAAAUUCCGACGACGAAGAAGACGAUGAGGACGAAUCCUCGUUUGAGUCGUCGUCGUCUGGGAGUAGCAUGCCACAUCUGAUGGCCCCACCGGAAGAUAGAGACUCGUCCGGUGAUGAGGAAGAUGAGAAUGGCAUUGGAAAAGAAAAGAAAAUGGACGAUAACUUCGAAGAAUUUCCGCCGGAAUCAUGGGAUGACGAAAUCGACGGCAAUUGCACCGAGGCACUGGGAAAUUGUAUGUUUACGAAAUCGGAACUGGACGAAUUCGGAGGCGAUUGGAGUCGCUUGGUAGCUCUUCCGGACACAACGGUUAGAAAGCGCUUGUUCGAUUUUCAGAAACGCCACCUGGUGUUUCGCAUCGCUUGGUCUUUUUUUGAAAAGAAAAUGGGAGGCGUCAUUCUCUCCAACACACGACAAACCAAACACCAGGCCAUAGAAUUCUACGACAUUGUCAAAGUCGGGCAUGAUGGACGCGAACCCCACAUUGAAGUUCAGUACGGGAACUCGCCGAACAAGGAAGAUGCGGAGAUUUUUUUGAGGGAUGAAACGAUUGAAUACAUCGAGUGCACGGACGAGGUGGCCCGUGCUUUUGAAAAACAUGUCAUGGCAUCAAGUGUAGGAAACGGUAUGAACGAUAUGUGCUCGGGACUCGUGUUCAUUCAGGGCUUUUUCGGACCAAUCUCUCCCGAACCAAUUCCCUGCGACGAGGUCGAAAUGCCACUAAUUGGUGCCGCUCCACCUAUUCCCGAUCGCAUUACCUUUGGGGUUGAGUUUGAGCUUUCCUGCAGCAUCGGAUCCCAGCCCCAGACGGUGGGGCUGGCCCUCGUGAACCACGCAGGCGUAAGGGCCAAACUACGAGUGCAAAAAUACGCGAGACCGGGACAUUACCACCUUUUCCUCGGAAGCGAAAAAAUGGAAAUUGACAACGAUUCUUUCGGCGAAGAAUGGACGUUUGUCAACGAUAGCUCGAUCGAGGGCAACCCGGACCAUGCCCACAGCUGCCAGUUCGAACUCGUCAGCCCCGUUCUCAGGGGGGAGAACGGCGUGGAGGUCUGCCGCAAGGUGUUCACGACGGCCCUGGACACCUCCGCGAUCCACGUCAACCGAAGCAUGGGCUUUCACGUCCACGUUGGCAUCCCGGACGAAAAGGCGUCCCUCGCCAUGCUGCAGUACAUUAGCUAUAGCUUUUGCCGCUUCGAGCCCGUCAUGGAUUCCUUCCUCGACGAGUCCCGGACCGGAAACCUGUACUGCAAGUCCAACCGAGACGGGGUGCUCGGCAGAGGCGACGAAUACAAGGAAAUCCCCAAAUUCGCGAAACGCAUCACACCCGCGAUGGAAAACGAGACCGGCGAGAAGAGUGCGGACGACACGAGCGACGACAACGACGACGAAAGCACCCUCCAUGGAAACAUAUUUUCGUGCGGCUCCAAGGCCGAGCUCUUCGCCCUGGUAAACCCGUCGGGCCGGUACCACAAGCUCAAUCUGAUGAACCUCAAGACCGGAAGGCAGCCCACGAUCGAGUUCCGCCAGCACAACGCCACCGAUGUCGUCGAUGAAAUCGAGGCCUGGAUCCGGUUUUGUGUGGCCUUUGUAGAGAGGUGCAUCGAUCGGGGUGAGUUUCCGGACGGAGCUGCAUCCGAGCCUAGGACGAGCACGGGAAUGGCCUCGGAGGAUGCCUCGUUGUUUGACGAGCUCUUCCGGUGGAUCGGGGACGACGGCCUCCGGCUCCACUUUCGGCGCCGUCUUCGUUAGGUUCCUGCGCCCGUUUGUUCUGUGUAAAAAAAAACAUAGUUCUCG